AUGGGUGUUCCCACCACCGAGAGGUCCAAGUCUGUGUGUGCGUGGGCAUGUUUGUUAACUCCUUUCUCCUCUACUUCAGGUGUGUUUGAACUGCUUUCCUUGGUGAUCUCUGGGAUGAAAUCUAUAAUGGACAGAAAUGAGGACUUUACGUUUCUUAAAAGCAUGAUCAUGGAAAGGAGAUUCCAUCUACUGGUCAAGAUCCACGCGAGGUUGAGGCGGUUUGGAUCAAGGAAUCCUGUCCCGGUCCGGGAUAAUGCAAAGAGUCUGGCCUGUAACUUGGCUGAGGAGCUGUGGACUCAAGUGGCUAGUGCGGAAUGUUCAGAGUUGAUCAGCCUGCUGUCCAACCCGCACAUCAAGGGCCUUCUCUCUGUUCACGACAUAGUAGCACAGAAAGGUUAUGACCCCGAGCUGCCACCCCUACCUGAUAACAUCGAAGAAGAGGAUGAGGACUCUGUGAAGAUUAUAAGCCUGUUCAAAAGCCAGGAGCCACUGGGGGCCACCAUAAAGAGAGAUGAAUCCACUGGAGCUAUAGUUGUAGCAAGGAUCAUGAGAGGGGGUGCUGCAGACAGAAGUGGUCUGAUUCAUGAGGGCGAUGAGCUAAGGGAAGUCAAUGGAGUCCAAAUGGAGGAUAAGACACCGGAGGAAAUCAUUCCUAUUAUGGCUCAAUCGCAGGGAGAGGUGACGUUUAAAGUGAUACCGGUAUCUGGCAUCAAGGAAGAGCUGUCAGCCAAUGAGACUAUGUUAUUUGUGCGGUCGCUCUUUGACUACAAUCCUGAGGAGGACCCUGCCAUCCCCUGCAGACAGGCAGGGCUGGGCUUCAAGAGGGGGGACAUCCUUCAGAUCGUUAACCAGGAGGACGACACCUGGUGGCAAGCCUGUCGUCAUGGUGACAGCAACUCCCGAGCAGGACUCAUCCCCUCCAGGCAACUUCAGGAGAGGAGAGUCGCUCUCCAGCGGCCCAAAGCCUUAUUUAAACCUCAGAGAGUCCCCAAAAAAGUGACAGUGGUGGAGGAUGCAGACUAUGGAGCUAUUACUGGAAUCCACAUCGCUGGUCUGAGAAGGAGUUUCCGGCUGGGCAGGAGGGGCGGUAGGAGUGGGAGUGUUGAGUCUAAAAGGAAGAGCCAGGAGAUGGGAGGAGCCACACAGACACCCACCUACCUGGAGGUGGCCCCGUACUGCAGGGACCCCAAAGAGGGACGUCGGCUGGUCCUGCUGGUUGGUCCCAGUGGAGUUGGGCUGAGUGAGAUGAAGAGGAGACUCCUGCUCUCUGACCCUGACCACUACGGCGUCACUGUUCCACACACCACCAGAGAGAAGAGGAAGCAGGAGAAAGAUGGGGUCGAGUACCACUUUGUCUCAAGGCAGACGUUUGAAAUGGACAUCGUCAACCACAAGUUUUUAGAGUAUGGGGAUCACAGAGGGAACUACUACGGGACCAGUCUGGAGUCGGUGCACAAGGUCAUAAGGGAGGACAAGGUGUGCCUACUGGAUGUGCAGCCUCAUACUGUACAGCGCUUACACACAACCGAGUUCAAACCAUGUGUUGUUUUUGUGAAGCCACCAUCGAUUCAGGAGCUACGUUUUAGCCGAAGGAAAGCUACAUUCAUUUCCACCCAAGAUAUGACGAAACUGACAAAGACAUUUUCGGAAGAGGACUUUGAAGAUAUGAUUAGCUCAGCAGAAGCCAUGGAUAGCCAAUACGGCCACCUGUUUGAGAUGGUCGUCGUCAAUGGCGAUUUCGCCGUGGCAUUCAACAAACUGAGGGCGGAGCUGGAAAAGCUUGAGACGGAGGCGCCUCAGUGGAUUCCUGUGGAGUGGACCAGUCACACCGAACAGAACACAGAGAGCUUGUGCUGAUCACACUAAGAGCCUGGUCAUACAUGUCUCAUUCCCCUGCUGAGGGGAGGAUGGCUCAUAAUAAUGGCUGGAAUGGAAUGAAUGGAAUGAUAUCAAAUACACGGAAACCAUGUUCAAUACCAUUCCAUUUAUUCUGUUCCAGCCAUUACUAUGAGCCGGUCCUCCCCAAUUAAGGUGCCACCGGCCACCUGUGCUCACACUAUAGUGUCAAACCGUACUGUGUGGGGUCAGAUAUUUUGUUUUCACAUUUUCCUUUACAGCACAGUUCCAGCCACUUUGAUGGAUGCAUAACCAGGCCAACCUAGUAUAGCUAGGCUUGGCCCUAUAGUGUGAUUCAGGCAACAGAGACUGAAGAAACAUAGAGAGAGAGCAUUUCACAUCCAUUUUUUCUUCAUAAGUUCAACUCACUUCACCUUUUGACGCACAUAAAAAAAAACUGAAAGAUUACACAUGGCCGUCAACUGUUUUUAGUCAACAUUGAGAGUGGUUACAUUUCUCAAGCCCCAUCCCUUACCUGUGGGGUGACCCCUUUAUUGUUGUUUGAAUCCUAGAUGUCCUCUUUUAAACUAGAAAAGGACUCUCCUGCCAAAACAGAGAAAAUGUCAAGGAACAUGGUCACACCCCUGAAGGAAUACAGAAGUGUAAGGGGAACCACUCAAGGCAGAGAAAAUGAUGUACAAACUCAGAUUCAUUCGAUUAAAUCAAAAAUACUAUAAUCAUUAUUUAUAUGUGUAAUAUGUAGACAGAGUCUAGACGGCCUUCAUGAGAAAUAACUAGUCCCAACUUUAAGUUAGUCACAGAGCACAGCUCUUAAAGAACUAUAGGAAUCGAAAUCCCUACGCCUCCUGUCUGACCAUAGUACUUACAUGUCCAAAACAGUGUUAUUGGUCCCUGCCGCCUACGUGCCAGCUUUUCUUGUCUUCGAGUUCGCAAUUCUACAUUGGCAAUUAGGGUCGAAACAUUAAAAACCUCCAAAAGCUUGUGGUCACACAGACCUUCCCCCUGCCAAGUUACAAACACGAGCAUGUAAUUACUUUGACAGCUGCAAUACCUCAAUUAACUGUAAUGUAUCCCAGAGCAAAUAUUACCCGGCCCAGACACUCACCAACACUAACAGCAUGCUGCAUAUAGAACAAGGAAACAGUGCACACAAGCAUAGUCAACACUUAACAAAAUAUAUGAAGAAAGUGUUGGCGAAACUAAAUUAAUUGAAGAUAUUUUGACAGGGAAAGGUUAACAAGGGAACAUGGACAAGAUGAAGCAGAUUCAUUGCUUUUGUUGCUGAAAUGGUAAUAAAAAUUUAAUUGUACAGA